AUGAAGGUUUUCAUUCUGUGUUUCUUUGGUGUUGUGCUUGGAUGCUGCAUAAUGCAAGCUAAUGCUUCAGUUCGAAGCUUAAGAUUUGAAGUGGUAAAUUUUGAUUACACAAGGCUAUGCACCAAAAAGCCAUUGCUCACUGUAAACGGACAAUUCCCUGGGCCAAUCAUAUAUGCUCGGAGGGGAGAUCUUGUCAUAGUUGAUAUUGUUAAUCAUUCCGAUCAAAAUAUAACAAUUCACUGGCAUGGAGUAAAAAUGCCGAGAUAUCCAUGGUCGGAUGGAACCGAUUAUGUGACCCAGUGCCCAAUUCAACCCGGCAAAAACUUUACCCAGCGGAUGAUCCUCUCCGACGAGGAAGGCACAUUGUGGUGGCACGCGCAUAGCGAUUGGUCGAGAAAUUCUGUCCAUGGCGCCAUUGUCAUUCUACCUCCGAAGAGGUUGACCUAUCCUUUCCCCAAGCCUCAUGCUCAUGUUCCCAUCAUCAUUGAAGAGUGGUGGAAUUCUAAGGUUGAAACAGUGUUCAAGAAUUUCAUCGCUAGUGGAACUGAUCCUGAAACAUCUAAUGCUUUCCUCAUCAACAGCCAACCAGGCGACUUCUAUCCAUGCUCUAAACAAGAUACAUACAAGUUGCAAGUAGAAUAUGGUAAAAGUUACCUAAUCAAAUUGAUUAAUGCUGUGAUGGACAACAUUAUGUUCUUCAAAAUCGGCAACCACAAUUUUACCGUCGUCGGCACAGACGGUGCCUACACGAAACCGAUACAGACUGAUUAUGUAGCGAUUUCGCCCGGCCAAACCCUCGACUUGCUGGUGGAGGCCAACCAGCUGCCGAGCCAUUACUACAUGGGCGCUAGAAUCUACGCCAGUGGCGGGGAUUUUGUGACAAUCCCCGCCACUGGAAUAAUCGAGUAUGUCGGAAACUACACGCUGCCUCCGUCACCGCUGCUUCCAUCCUUCCCCGAAGUCAACGACUUAGCUGCAUCGAUCGGCUUCACAGAGCAACUAAAAAGCCUAGGCAACAACAUCAACGUUCCUAAAGAAGUCGACGAAACCUUCUUCUACACUCUCUCAGUUAACCGAUCGCCAUGUAACAAACCUUCCUGCUUAGUGCCACUGAGGCUGCUCGCGAGCGUCAACAACUUGUCAUUCUUGCUUCCGGCAAACAUCGACAUUCUCACGGCUUAUUACAAACAGAUAAAUGGAGUUUACACUACUGAUUUCCCCGACUUCCCGCCGACAUCUUUCAACUACGCGCAAGACAAUCCGGAUAGGAACACGAGAGUGCCCAGGUUCGGAACAGCCGUUCGUAUGUUGGAGUAUAACACGACGGUGGAAGUGGUGUUUCAAGGCACCAACUUCGGCAACGGGGCUGAGCAUCCCAUGCAUUUACACGGGUACAGCUUCUACAUUGUCGGGUCUGGGUUAGGGAACUUCAACAAGUCUAGGGAUCCGGCUAACUAUAACCUUGUCGACCCGCCACUGAUGGAAAACAUCGCGGUGGCAAGAAAGGGAUGGACCGCUAUAAGAUUUAAGGCGAACAAUCCAGGGGUAUGGUACAUGCAUUGUCAUUUCGAGCGGCACCUGAGUUGGGGUAUGGAGAUGGUGUUUAUUGUCAAGGAUGGGAAACUCCCACAUGAGAAGAUGCUGCCACCGCCGCCGGAUAUGCCACGUUGCAGCAGAGAGGACUCAUCUCCACCUCUUGUAUUUGGUGAUCCUCAUUCCACAAUAGGGAAGAGAGAUGAGGCUCAAUGAAUCUUUUAUUUAUGAUAUGUUUAUUUGUGUGACUUGUCAAAUUUAUCUAGAUUUACUAUACUUUAUCUAGAAUAAUUGGGUUUUUGUCUUGUGUGAGGAUUAGGUUCAUUUCAAUUUUAAUUCAAUUAAACUUGUAAUUUAUGUACUCUCUUCAAUGAUUUGAGAUAUGUCAAAGAUUUGAUAUUGAAAUG